AAUCUGACAGUAGUGUCAAAAUUUGCCGUAACCCGACCCACAAGUUUCAGUCAACAAUGAAAGAAAAAUACCGAUAGAAUUUGAUUUCGAUUAAAACCUUACUUUUUCCAAACAAUGUGAACCCGUUUUAAGGUGAACAAUCGAGAAUUAGAUGCCCUUUGAACCCCCUUUACGCCAUGGAAGUCCAGGCUGCAAAUCACGUCAAAAACAGAGAAUGGGCCCAGGCUUUAGAAAUUUACAAUAAAUUGUUACAAAAGCAGGAAAACGGUGAAGAGCAGCUCGUUUCGUAUUGUUUGGACCGCUCUGAGUGUCUCUACCAUUUGGGGCACCACGAACGGGUCAUAACCGACUGCAAACACAUUUUGAAGUCUUUCAGUGGCAAAUACAACAGUACAAACGAACCCCGAACAAGAAUCCAGCUAAUUCGCUCCUUAUUCGCGAUAAAUCGUCUCGCAGAAGCAGAAAUGGUGAUCAAAGACUGGUUAAUGAUGGUUAAACAACUGAACGAAAUUGGAGACGAAAGAAUCUCGUUGGAAAACGCGCUGGAACGUUUCUUUACUCUCAACUCAAAGGAAAGCCUCGAGCCCUGGCUGAGUAACUUGCACAAAAGUUUUGCCAAAAGCCAGUCGCUGAAGAAAGUGGAAAAAAGUCCGGCAAUUUUUUGCAUUUAUUGCAACCUUUCGUUUAAAGAUCGGGCGGAACUGACGGCUCAUUGCCUGACUCAGGAGCAUGAAACCAUGAUUAUGUCAGAUGAGGGGCACGACUGGUACUGGAGGGCCCCGCCAAGGGGCUUCAAGUCGGAUGCUUACACCCUUUGCGAGAAUUGGAGGGAGUUGGGGACUUGUCGGUUCGGGCUUCAGUGUGUGGAAGCCCACGGAGAAGGCGAACUCUACGAGUGGAAGGAACGGUUUCAGUAUCGGGAGAUGAAAAUGUUGAGGGCGAAAGAAAAACAACUCUAUGGCAAGUCUUACACUGAGAAUCUCCUCGAAAAGUGGGUGCAAACCCCGAACAGUAACUCGGUCAUGUCCGAAAAAAUCGACACUGUUGAAGACGCCUGUUCUUGUCCGCUUUCAGCGACAGUUUCCUCCAAAAACAGCAACUAUUCGUGGAAAUUUACAAUGAAAACUAACAAACCUCUGAAAGCUGUGGCCCUCUUGCAAGACACGCACCGCAACCACUUCAACUUAUCCCAAAUAGUUGUCGGAAACGUGGAACAAGAUAUUAAAAAUAACCAGGAAUUUUUACCAAACGAACAGGGGGCUGUGACCGAGUACCACAUUGUUGUCGCUUUCCAAACAACAAUUUUCGGCACUUUUCGCCAGUCUGUUGUUUUCGAUUUCGGGUCCGAACCGGUUUUGGUGAAACACCUCUGUGUUGAUGUUGUUCCCGACUCAGAUCUCGAGAAAAUUAACGAGAUUCGUAAAGAGAUAACGCUUUGCAUGUCUGAGAGGUGGACUAAAACCAACUCUGAAAUCGUCCCGUUUUUCUCGACUUUAGUUUCAACUGGGACUAACCACCAAUGGGAGAAAAACCUUCUAACGACUUAUCCGUACCCACAAAUUGAGAACUUUGUAUUAUCUAAUGCCACAGUUUCCGAGAAAAAAUUAACUAGGAAUAAUUAUCGGGAACGAAUGCACGAAUUGCUCUACGUUGAAGAAAUAGCACGGACGAAUUUAAUUUCUCAGUAUAAUUUAACAACACGGCUUCAAAUAGCGCAUAGUUAUCUCUUGUCGCCGAAUAGCAUGGCCGCUAGUACGGCUAAAUAUUCGGGAAACGGUGAAUUAUUCGCGUCUGUUUGUUUAGGUAAAGAGUUGUCGGAGGAUACGGCUGAGGGUCGCUUGAUCCUCAUGUACUGCAACUCGGUUUAUUUGCUUCCAAACCCUUUGGAAAAUCGAUCGGUGCGCAAGGUCUACGAAGCCAUAAUUGAAGAUAAAGGCAAAGACAUGAUUUAUUUAAGACUCUCUGCCGAUACUGUUAAAGAACUAAAUCUGACGACUGAUACAGACUUGGAAGUGCAAAUCCAAUUCCAACUGAACCGUGUUCCCUACUGCGAGUGGCACUACACGAUCGAUAAAAUCCGAAAUUAUAAGUUAAUUUUUCCUGAGAUUUAUGUUGAGCCAAAUAUUCCGUGGUCGCCGUCAAGGCAGUGGUCUUCGUCUCUAGAUAGCCGUUUGAAUUUGAAGCAAAAGGAGGCUGUGGUUGCGAUUACAACGCCGAUUCAUGUUAAAAUCCCCCCGAUUUUGGUGAUUGGGCCUUUCGGGACUGGGAAAACGUUCACUUUGGCUCAAGCGGUUAAAGAGUUGAUUAAAGAUGAGAGUAAUAAGAUUUUGUUGUGUACGCAUUCGAACAGCGCCGCUGAUUUGUACAUCAAGGAUUAUUUGGACGUUUGGGUCGAAAGUGGGAUCGAAAAUGCGAGGCCGAUGAGGAUUUAUUACCAGAAGAGAUGGGUGGCGACUGUCAGUCCGGUGGUUCAAAAGUACUGCAGUAUUAAAACGACCGGUAAUUCCCGCGAAUUCCAACUUCCAACCCUCGAAGAGUUGGAAAAACACAAAAUCGUUGUAGUAACACUUUCAACAUCCGUCUACUUAUCAGCGAUGGGAUUAUCACCCGGCAGCUUCACGCACAUUUUAUUAGACGAAGCGGCUCAAGCGCUCGAAUGCGAAACGAUAACCCCUCUGGCAUUAGCAACAGAAAAUACGAGAAUAGUCCUAGCCGGCGAUCACAUGCAAUUAGGACCUGACAUCUUCUCGAAUUUCGCAAAAGAACGCAAUUUGCAUAUUUCGCUCCUCGAGCGAUUAUACGACCACUAUCCGGGCCAAUUUCCUUGCAAAAUACUCCUAUGCGAAAACUACAGGGCCCACGAAGUCAUAAUCCAGUUCACUUCCGAAUCGUUCUACGACCAAAAACUGGUCUCGAGCAGCAAACAACCGAAACAUUUCCGGUUUUAUCCUCUUACGUUUUUCACGACAUUGGGCGAGGACGUGCAAGAUAAAAACUCGACGGCGUUUUACAAUAAUUCCGAAGUUUAUGAAGUAGUGGAGAGAGUGGCAGAGCUCAAGCGAAAUUGGCCCCCAGAAUGGGGCGAAAUCAACGAGCAAUCGCUCGGUGUCGUCACUCCGUAUUCGGAUCAAGUGUUCAGGAUACGUUCAGAGUUACGGAAACGUAGAAUCGAUGUUUGUGUGGAACGAGUUUUGAACGUUCAAGGGAAGCAGUUUAGGGCCAUUAUCCUAUCAACGGUGCGGACGAGACGCACUUGCACCAACAAUAAAGGGGACAGUGAAGUGGAUUAUGGAUUUUUAUCAAACUCCAAACUGCUAAACACUGCGAUUACGAGAGCGCAGAGUUUGGUGGCAGUUGUGGGCGACCCGAUUGCCUUAUGCUCCCUAGGGAGGUGUAGCAAAGUCUGGGAGCGUUUCUUGCAGAUUUGUCACGACAACGAAAGUCUUUACGGCAUCACGUGGACACAACUUAAAUUUCAAUUGGACGGAAUCGAAUUGAAAAAAGUCUACACUUUGAAUCCGCUAGCUCCCGAGUUUAUUCCCCGGAUAUACAAAGAAAUGAUGCAAGAAAACCCAACUUUUAACUUACCUCACCCCAAAAUAGUGCCCCCUUUUCCCAACGUCCCGAACAACAUAAGGGUGGUGCCGGUGGUGUACCAACAGAGACCCCCAAUGACUCUUCCUUACGUCCUUAAUUUGCCAACGACUGUGGCAAAUGGGUACCGACCAUUACGACUCGUUAACCCCCAUGAACUCGUGCCCACACCGAGACUCAACGUACCAACGCCUCCGGUACCAAAAAAUGCAGCCUCCAGCACAAAACUGAUCCAAUUUAUGAAUAAUGUCCACUUCCCCGAAGCCCAAAUGUUGAAUGAUUGUAUCAGUUUGCUGCCGCAGCACAUGUCCCUCACUGAUAUGAUUCUGCAGCCCCCUAGUGUGCAAGAGCGGUGGUACAACUACUUGAGGGUCUCUGCGGGUCUAGAGGCUGCAGAAAAAUUCAAGUAUUUGCUUCAUACCAUCAAUCAGAAGGGGACAAGGAUAGCUGAUAAUAAUGUAUUAGGGAGAACAACCCCGCACUCAUCGUCAGAUUCGCCCACGUUUAACUGGUACGACAGCCCUUCCAAUCAGAUUAAUUUUAAUAAACCGAUUUAUAUGAAAGAAGUUGAGACUAGUAAUUGGCCAGAUUGUAACAAGUCGAAUCCGUUGUAUAAACGACAGAGUCAACAAAACCGUGCUAAAGACUCGACAAGUCAAAAUGGGGUUAACAAAAUGAAAGAAAGCGACGUUCAGAGGCACGUUAACGAGGAUUUUGCCAAUAUGAGUAUUACUAGCACCAGUAACGAUGACUGGUAUGAGGCGUUUAAGGCAUUUAAUGGUGAACAAAGCCGUACUAGCAGACCUGUGAAUAAUUCAACCGGGUUUUACAAUUAUUUCUAGUAAAAUCUUUUGUAUAUUGUAUAUAUUAUGCAUAUAGCUUAUCGCUGUUGUUACGUGUUUGAUUGUAGAUACAGUUAAGAGAGCUUUUUUUUACGAUAUUUAUAAGGAUUCUAUAAAAAAAUUAAAGUAUUAGUUCUA